AUUUAAUAUAUUUCUAGAGGUUGUUCUCCAUCAAAUAUUGCUUUUUUUUUUUUAAUUAUUCAUCAUUGUUUAUUUGUUGAGAAAUUGAGGGAAGUAAAAAAUUUAUGGUUCAUUUUGCUCCUUUGAUCUUUUAAACUGUAUUUAAUAAAAUUGUUAUUUGGUUUACAAGAAAAUGGAAGGAAAAUAAGGGUGCGUUUGUUUGCAAGGAUUUGAUUUUCCGGAAAAUAUUUUCCCAAUUUUACGAUGUUUGGAAGCUUGAAAACAUUUUACAUUUGGAAAAUAUUUUCCAAACACGGGUAAAAUGUCUUGCAAUUUGGGGAAAUGUCUUACCCUUUUGAAUUCGGUAAGACAUUUUCCGAAAAAUGACGCCUUCUUCUCCCCUUUCCCCUUCCUCUUCCCCUUGGGUUGCAAAUUAGUGCCAUUACCAGGUACCCUACCCACCGCACUAAAUCCCUUAAGAGCUGCGCGAUUUCGAAGAACAGUGAUGAGAAAGUUUGGUCAAGGACCUUUUCCGGUUCCUCCUUCAUCCAGAUUAAGUGAGAAAUUUCAACAAUGAAACUCAUCAUACACCCAAAUGUCAUCCGCUUGUAUGAGGUGAUAGCUAGCAAGACGAAAAUAUACAUUGUUCUGGAACUUGUGACUGGUGGUGAACUUUUUGACAAAAUUGCAAGCAAAGGGAGGUUGAAGGAAGAUGAAGCUAGAAAGUAUUUUCAGCAGCUUAUGAAUGCUGUGGAUUACUGCCAUAGCAGGGGUGUUUACCAUCGAGACCUCAAGGAAACCAACAGCAAACUAGCAUGCAAACCAGCAUCCAAGCUGAACUAGAGAAGCAACAGCAUUUUGUUUAUUUUGUUCAUUUGUAACUUGAUUUAGUUCCUUUGUAAUUUAUAUUUAAAGUUAGUAGGAGUAAUUGUUGAUUUAUGUUUGAUGUUAUAGCUGGUAUGUCAGCUACAUUUUGUGUGUAAUUCUAGCUAAGCUUUAGUCAUGUAUUAGUGGGAGCAAUUAUACAUUACGUAACUGCUAUAUUUCAUUGUAACAUAAAUGCUUUUCAAGUCAAUGAAAAAGAUCUAAUUUUUGGAGAUCAAA